AUGAUCCCUUACCAGCUGCAGGGCAGCCCUCCGGUGUCCAGGCGGAAAGAUGACCCAACGGAUGGCAGGAGGGCCCCUGAGCAGGGCAGAGACCCUGCUGCCUCAGGGCACAGCCAGGGGCUGAAAACAGAGCCCUGUUUCCAGAGGGACUCUCUGUUGCCUUCCCCUGGUGCGUCCCUCGUGUCACAGCUCCUCAGCCACACGGCGGUUAGCAGGAGCCUGGACCCGUGCACCCUUUUCCCUUCCUCGCAGCCAGUGGGGCUGCCCCAGGGCUACGAGCUCGGUGCGCCUCCUGGAGAAGGAGCACAAGCCCUGGCUCUCACCAGGACCCGUGUCCUGGCUCCUGUGCCCUGUGCUGGUGACAGGGAGCCGCUCUCAGACGAGCACCUCCAAGCCAAGCGGGCCAGGGUGGAGAGCAUCAUCCAAGGCAUGAGCCUCCCUACAACCCCACAAGCCUCCGAUAUCGGCAUGGAGGGAAGUGUGGGGCAGGACAGGGAGAAGGGUGGCAAGAUGUCCUGGGAGGGCAAGAGGAAGCCGAGGGUGCCCCAGCAGCAGCGGGGUGUGGGGGUGGCUGGGCAAGGGGCACCCAGAGGGGGCAGCCCCCAUGCUGCGGGGUGCCAGCAGCUGAAGGAGCAGCUCUGCUUUCUGGAGCAGCAGCUGAGGUGGCUUCAGGAGAGGUUCUCCCAGGUGUGUGACCCAGGGGACGCUGCCCGGACCCAGGGAGGUGCUGAGAAGGCACAGCCGCUGGCUGGGAAGGCUGGGGACAGACCGGACAGGGACGGUGCUGCUGUUGCCCACCAUCCGCACAAAGCUGCUCCCUGGGGGAGCACCCCAGAGGUGGAUGGGCCUGACGGGACGCAGGAGGAUGAGGGGAGAGGCGAUGCAGGCGGCCUGCCCUCGGCAGCCAGGGUCCUCUCACAGGCGCUGAAGCGCGAGCUGGCCGGGGUGACGUCCCGCGUGGUGGACUCUGUCCUCACCAGCGUGUGGCCGAAGGCAGCCGGCCACCUCCUGCAGCAGCACCCGGGGCCGGGGGCGGGUGCCAGGGGAGAGCAUUUUCCUGCUGGGAAAUGCAGAAAACCCCUGACUAAGUCAUCCCCCAUGGGCACGCUGGGCUCACCCCCACCUGAGGCACCAUCACUACCCUCAGGGAAGGGCCUGGGCCCUCACGCCAGCUCCUUCAGCCCCAAGGCAGUCAGAAACCCCCACCAGGCACCCAGUGUGGGUUACACACUGGGCUCAGCCAUCCCGUCAGCACAGGAGAGCCGGCUGCUGGGCCAGCUGCUGGGCUACGGCCACUGGGGGAGCCCCCCUGUCCCACAGAGGCAUCCCCCUGAGGCCCCGGACCCUCACUGGGGUGCCACCAGGCUGCGGCCAUCGGCGGUGAGGCAGCAGCGGUGCCCCCUGCCCCUGGGCCCCGGCGAGGCGGAGGGGGACGGGGUGCCCUUUGCCCCCACCCACGAGGCGCUGACCCCUGGCCACCUGAAGAAGGCCAAGCUGAUGUUCUUCUUCACCCGCUACCCCAGCUCCGCUCUGCUGAGAUCGUACUUCCUUGAUGUGCAGGUAGAUCUGCUGUGGGACGCAGGGUGCCGGGAGGGACCCGGCGGGUGGGAUUUUGGUGCUGGUUUUGCUGAGACGCCGGUUUUCCCCCUCUGCCCCCGGCAGUUCAGCCGCUGCAUCACCUCCCAGCUCAUCAAAUGGUUCAGCAACUUCCGCGAGUUUUACUACAUCCAGGUGGAGAAGUUCGCCCGGCAGGCCCUGCUGGAGGGCGUCGCGGACGCCGGAGCCCUGCGGGUCUCACGGGACUCGGAGCUCUUCCGCGCCCUCAACACACACUACAACAAGGGGAAUGACUUCCAGGUGCCCGGGCGCUUCCUGGAGGUGGCCAGCCUGACGCUGCAGGAGUUCUUCAGCGCCGUCAGGGCGGGCAAGGACGCUGACCCCUCCUGGAAGAAACCCAUUUACAAAAUCAUCUCCAAACUGGACAGCCACAUCCCUGACGUGUUUAAAGCCGUGGGGUGCUCCCAGGAGCUGCUCCACAGUUGA